CGGGACGCCAUUUUAAACAAAUGUUAUGUGGAAAAAUUUGUCGUUGCGACGAUUGUAAACACACUUACAACCUAGUUAACCCCGUGUUUAUAACUUAAUGUGUACCAGAGACAAAGGACGACCGAGACGUUUUUGUUCAGAAAAAGAGAAAUUACGGCGAACUUAUAACGGGUCUUAACUACACGUCAAGAUGUUUUGGCGGUACAACAUGAUGUCAACGUCUCACGUUGACUCGUUGCUUGACAAAGAGAAUGUGACUCUGCAAGAGCUCAUGGAUGAAGAUGAUGUGUUGCAAGAGUGCAAGGCCCAGAACAAUAAACUGAUCGAUUUUUUGAUCCGUCCUGAAAUUAUGGAGCAGAUGGUUAACCUCAUAGUCACUCAGCCAUCUGACGAAUUACAUGAUGACCUCAAAUACAAAUAUCCCAACUUGGCGUGUGAACUGCUUACGUGUGACAUAGCACAGAUCAAUGAGCGGCUGGCGUCAGAGGAAUCUCUUCUUAUGAAACUGUAUGAUUUCAUUAAAGUAGAGUCGCCUGUCAACCCGUUAUUAGCGAGCUUUUUCAGCAAAACAUUCAGUCUGCUGGUGGCCCGCCAGGCUGAGAUAAUGUUAGACUUCUUUCGCGUCAGAGAGGAUUUCCUUAGUCAUCUGCUUCGCCAUUUCGACACGUCAGCUGUGAUGGACCUUUUACUGAGGCUAGUGACCUGUGUGGAACCUACAGAAGCCAGACUCAAAUAUGUCGAGUGGCUGAGUGAACAAAGGGUUAUACAGAAACUAGUAGACCUAAUUGAUCCAGAAGUUGAUGAGGAGCGGCAGUGCAACGCCUCACAAGCUCUUAGUGACAUGGUGAAGGUGAUACGUGAUGCUAUGUCUCAGAAUCAGGAGAAGGGAGAGCAAGACCUACUUCUCAAUGCUAUAGAGUCCCAAGAAGUCGUUGCAGAUCUGCUUAACCACAUGUUCUCGGAAAAGAGGAGUAAUGCAACGCUUGUGUAUGGAAUGAACGUGCUUUUGACGCUACUAAAUUUCAAGAAAAUCGGACCUGAAGGGCAGCAAGAGCAGAUGACUGCACUAGAUGGAGAGAGGCUAGCUCAAGGAAUUAGCAAUACGUUACAAGCACUCAUUCCUAGGUUGAAAGAUUUCCACCAGCUUCUGACAGACCCUCCACCUUUGGCGCCGAUGACGACUACAGUAGGUGUACUGGACCCACCUCUGGGGGCCACUCGACUACAAGUAGCCAAACUAGUGCCCAUGCUGCUCCUGACCAACACACAUGCACUCAACACUGAGUUGGCUAAUUUGGGCACUUUAAGUACAAUGUUGGAUCUAUUCUUCAAGUACCUGUGGAACAACUUCCUACAUUCACAUGUUGAGCAGUGCAUUAGCUUUAUUCUUAUGAACAAUCCAGUAGAAAUCGAUGGCAAGCAAGAGCAUCCACUUCUCUUUAGUCUAUUUAAAGAUACACGAAUCAUCCAGCGAAUAGUCGAUGCACAUGAGAGUAAUGAACAAAACCAGGCUAAACCCGGAGGACGACGGGCAGGCUACAUGGGUCAUCUGACUAGAAUAGCCAACGACAUCGUCACCACACUCGGGUCGAGCAGCAAUAAGGAAUUGAUAAAGGAAGCGAUGCAAGAAACGCCUGAUGAUUACCUACAGCGCUGGGAAACGUUUGUGACUGGUGCCUUAGCUGAAAUCAACAAAAAGAAUGUCCCUGACAAGAUAAUUUCUAACCAAGUGCACACAAGUAGUGAAGAUGACAAUGCAGAUUACAAAGACAUUCCUUUUCAUCAAGAUACUGCAUUACAACAGUUUGCCUGCUUUCAGUCGUUCAACGAUUAUCGGACGCAGCAAAUGACGAGCAACUUCCCGGAGCAGUUUGGCUACAGCGAGGAGGAAUUCGCGGAGCAAGAGGAGCACAUCAGCGCCCCCUUAGACAAAAUUCCAAACCUGAACUUCAACAUCAGCGCCGAUGAACCGCCAGGAAACGAAUCCCUGUUCGACCAAAUAGCCAGUGCCCGUUUACAGCCCUUUGAUGAUCCUGACUCGGACGAGGAGUGGGAAGAAAAGCAGAUAACAUUUUCACCUGAUCUGCAGAAUAAUACAGCUAGCAAACUUUCAUCGACGAUCCACACAUCCAGUAGCAGCGAGUCAGAUAGUUCGGACUGCGAUGAUGAAACAUCCGGUCCCAAACAGAUCGUUUCCAAACCGUCCAACGGUGAAGAAAGGAUGGAGAUAGAAGGCGUCGAUAAUGUGACUCCAAAUGGAGACGAGGUGCCCAUGGCAGUUGACAGUUCUUCCCCGUGGCAACCGAAUGCGAACUUGUCAUGGGAAUCUGGCAACAAUAUGUCAAACCCAUUCGAUUCAUCAACCUCAUCUGCAGAAGAAGAGUUGAAUGAUUCCACGGGGAAGAGUUGGGCCGACUUCUCCAAUAUGGAUUCUUCCGAUAGUCUAAGUAACAGCAGCUUGGAACAUAGUCCAAGGAAUAGUAGCCCAAUUGAAAUGGACACGGAGGUUAUAUCCACUACGCAUAACACUAAAACUCCAUCUUCCUCUGCAGAGAAAUAUGUUGUAGGAAAUUCGUUAACAAAUGAGAGCAGUAAUGAUGAUGAAGAAGAGGAGAGUAAGAUCGAACCCAAUGAGAACUCCUGCAAAUCAAUUCAGCUCACAACGUCACAAUGCAGCACUUGUGAAUCGGGAGAUUGCUGUGAAACAUGCCCGCCAUGUGAAAUCAAGAAAAGCAAACCAAACGGACCUUCAUCAGAGGUUGAAAAUGAUGCCACGGUUGAAAGUAUACCUGAAAACGGAAAGUGCGUGGUAUCAUCACCGCCUGCCUCGCCGACCCAGCUACCAUUUGUACCAACGCCCGAGCCCAACAAUCCGUUAUGAUGGUGUCGGCCCAGUAGUCAUACUGUAUACAGGAUUGCUUCAACCAUGACGGCUUGCGUCCUCCGUGCAAGUUUCUCUGAAGUUUACGGGCUGUUGUAACAACUGUGAUCUGCCUGCCGCAUGGGAUUUCGAUGAGUCUUUUUCACCAUCACCGUAUUUAUAGAGACACAGCAGGCUUGACACCGUUGUAGCGAGAGAUAAGUAUUUCAGCCCUAAUUAAAUUUCACGACGGGUGCCCCAAUUAGGAAAUGGUAUAAAGUUGAAACCUUUUUAUAACUGCAUGCUUUCAUAUGUUUUACGGUGCAUCGUACAUUUUUUAGUUUUCCAUGUUAACCUUGCCAGGCAAGGUAUAUAUCUGUUCAUAGUAAGGUACAAUCUGAAUAUUUAAGAUUUUAUUUUUUGUGGGUCUUUUACAGAUGCAAACUUUGUAAAUAUGAGCAUUGGUAACCCAAUUUCUUUAAAAAAAAAUCGAGAGCUCUCUUCCAAUGUGACAAGCAUAUAAAUAAGUCCUGAAGUGUUUUUGAAGAUGAGUGUAUUAAAAUUAUUCGACUUAUGAAAGUUUGAUAUUUAAACAGAAGUCUCAUUAAUGUCGUGGCUCGUGUACUUUUGGGAUAGUUGUAAAUUUGUGAGAGAUUGCUUAUAUUCAGGAAUCCCAAUUUGAGACCUUUGAAACGUGUGGUAUACAGCAACGAAUCACUUUCUGAUAAGAGAUAGUGCAUAAUUUUUGGGACAUUUUAAAGAUGAUUAAGAUUUGCUGAUUGUAGUGAUUACAUUCAGAAAAGGCUCUAUUUAUUGAACACGUUAAAUUGUGAAAUGUUUAUAACAGAAAGCAUGCUACUGGAAUUGUUUUACAGACUUGCAGAAGCUGUACUGUUUUUCUCGUUUCUUCCACAAGCUUUACUCUCUUUGAGUCGAUUGUGAAGUAAUAAUUUGAUGUUGGAAGAUGAGUGUAUCAUUUCAGAAGCUGCAAGAGGCUGACCAAGUCUGACUAUGUCUAUACUCCAAACCAGAUAGUAUUGUAAGGAUACGUGCGCACUGUUUUAUAUAAGGAGACUGACAGGCAACUCACGGAUGUCCGUGUUGUCUGAGCUGUGUUGUUUUUGUCUAUUAGUCUGUUCCCAGUGGCAUCUUGUCAGAGUCUGUGUGAUGAUUUUUAACUUUCGUGAAUGGCUAGACGGCCUCAAUUUAAUAUCCUUCACCAUUUAUGCACAUUUUCAGAAAUUGCUGGAAUGCUUGAGUUAAAAAUGCCGUACAUCUCUCCCGCGCAAUAUCUUAUGGAAAGUGUUGCAGCUGUUGCAGCAGAUGCUGAGACUUGUAUCUUUAGUAGGCUAGAUAUCACCCACUGUUUGGAUGGUAAUGAUCCCACCAAUUGCUUAAAUUUUAGUAGCAAGUGUGCUUCUCAGUGCUGUAAAUCUGCAUCCUGCGGUUAUGUCCCAAGGGUACCACUUCAGCCUGUGCGUGCUUGCGUGCGUACGUGUGUGUGUGUGUAUGGUGUAUGUGUGUGCGCGUGUGCGUGCGUGCGUGCGUGCGUGCGUGCGUGUGUAUGAUGUGUGUAUGUGUGCGUGCGUGCGUGUGUGUGUGUGCGCGCGUGUGUGUGUGCGUGGAAGUGAUUCGGUAUGUGUGAAUGUCUGCGAAUGUGUUAGCUAGUGCAUACUAUGUGUGUGCUUGCACGUGAAUGGAAGCGUGUGACUGUGUUGGUGGAUGCGAUGUGUUCGUUGAUAUCGUAGCUUUUGAUACCACUGAUGGAAUUGAUAUGCUGCUUGUUUUGUUACACGACUAGUUAUAAGACGAAGAAAUAAUUAUCACAAAGUUCGAAGAUUGCAGUCUUUUAAUUUCUGACGAUUAGAGGGCACAAUUGACAUUAGAAAUUGUGUUGGCAUACUGUGCAAGAUUGUAAAAGUUGUACAAAGAAUAGUCACUGUACAGCAAAUGCUUAAUAUGAUUAAAACCGAUUUGUAUGAAAUGUUAGAAAUCUAAAUAAAAUGUCAUAGUAUUACAUUUCAGAAA